GACAAAGCUGGCAGUCGGCAUUCUCUCUGGCGACUACUCCAAGGAGCCACCUUGUGAAGGCAGUGGCCAGUCUGAUCCAAAGGAACAGGAAGGUAUCAAGCCACUCAUGUUCAAGACCCUGGUUGGCAGAAACCACCCAGAGUUCUCAACUAAGAGGCAGCAGGAUGCUCAGGAAUUCUUCCUAUACUUCCUUGAGCUUGUUGAAAGGAACUGCCGCAAUGAGAUGAAUCCUGCAGACUGCCUGAAGUUUGAGGUGGAAGAGCGCAUCUUGUGCACAGAAUCGGGAAAGGUGCGCUACACUAAGCGCACGGACUGGCUGCUGCCUCUGCCGGUGCCACUUGAGUGCGCGUUGAAUAAGCAGGACGUAGACGCUUACGAAAGCAAGAAGGAAGAACUCCUAAAAAAUAACGAAAAAAUCGACCCUGAAACUAUUGUCAGGUCAAAGAUCCCGCUCUCUGCUUGCUUGGAUGCCUUUGCAAAGACCGAGAAGGUCAGUGAUUUUUUCAGCACGGCCGUGAACAAGAAAGUUACUGUGGAAAAGACAACCAGACUUCGCACGUUCCCCGAUUACCUGAUGAUACAGCUGAAGAAGUUUGCGCUCGGUCAAAACUGGAUCCCAAAGAAGUUAGAUGUCGAGAUGCUAAUGCCUCAUCAGCUAGACCUUUCCUUCUUGCGCGGUAGUGGCGUGCAGCCUGGAGAAGAGCUGUUGCCGGAACCUAAGGAGACAAAUGAAGGCUCUACUCAGACUGUGGAACUGAAUCAAGCCUGGGUGUCCCAACUUGCCGACAUGGGCUUUCCAUUGGAGGGGUGCAAGAAGGCAGUGUUCUUCACUCAGAACACCAGCAUUGAGGCUGCCACAGAGUGGGCCAUGGAUCACAUGAACGAUCCCGACUUCGGAGCUCCUUUUGUGCAACCCGGCACGUUUCAGGCAGAUGCAGAAGCACUGGAAACAAUCACGAAUAUGGGUUUCUCCCAAGAUCAAGCGCUCAAGGCUCUCAAGGCUACGGAUAACAAUGUUCAGAGGGCCAUGGACUGGAUCUUCAGCAGAGCCGAUGACAUUCAGGCAGAGAGUCAAGAAGUUGCCAUGGAGACUGAUUGCGCUGGCCCUCGUAUCAAGGACGGUCCUGGAAAUUAUCAGCUGGUGGCAUUCAUCAGCCACAUGGGUGAGUCCACCAUGGUGGGUCACUACGUCUGCCACAUAUUUAAGGACGGCCGUUGGGUCAUCUUCAAUGACAACAAGGUGGCCCUGUCCGAAAACCCGCCCAAGGAGUUCGGCUACUUGUACCUGUACCGGCGUGUGCCAGACUCCUGACUAGAUGGACCCUCCUCACCGAAGCGAGCCAAAGUUGAGGAAGACACCGCAACGCCUGUGGCACCAUCGAGCAAUGUUGCUUGAUUUGCAGGCCUACUGCAGUGCCUGUCAUCAGAAGCAAUGGACUUGGCCUGUGAACUGAAAAAAAAAUGUGUGUUUAGAGCAGUUUGGUUUCCGUGUUGCUUCACUUUCGUUCACUUCCUUUCGUGUUGUUUCGACUAUUUUUUUCUACGUGGUUGAAUGUUUUAGAGUUUCCUCGUAAUAUAAGAAAAAAUUCUUUAUCAAGAAUUGUCACAGUCCUCUAAGGACAUCCAUUCAGCUUUAAGAAUGGUUCCUUUGCCAUGCUUUUUGUUGCAUCAGCUAUACCCUUUUGUUUCACAACAGCAGCAUUGAAGAAGCUUUGGUUUUCUCUUAUUGAUAUCUGCGGAUUGCUUUUCUUUUCUUGCUAACAGUGUGAUCAAUAUUCAUUGAUAAAGCCCACUUUUCAGAGAUAUGUUUAGACAAGUGUAUUACAGAGAAUGUAGCAGUGUUUGGAGAUCGAGAAGCAUAUGGCAUUGUGGAUGGUAUGUGGCUACAGGGCUGCUUGUGCCUUUUCAGUAUGUUGUAGUUCAUUCAGGUGGAGAAGCAAGCAUGUGUAAAUUUUGUGUAAAAGAAAUUGCACUUUGAACAACACUCGAUUAUACACAAAAAGUGGUGAGCUCACACUUUCCUACACUUGUACAUACACCAGUGUACGGUCAUUGUCACUUUUGGUUUUGUAUUCUCAUUGUUUGUUUACCUUCAAGCAUUGACCACGGAUUUUCGUGCUGUCUAAUUUUUCAUCACCGACGAAGUACCAACCAUUACUUUCUACGAGAUCUGCUGCUACAUUCGAGGUUAUGUAAGGUAGACAGCUUCUUUUUUUUUUUGAAUAAACCAAAGUUUGCACACUA